CCAUUCAUUUGGGUCUGGUUUGGUGUGCGCGUGUAACCCAGGCCCAGAAAGUAAAAAUCCAUCUAUCUGGACCAGCUGCAGCAGAGCCGCCCAGGCAGUUGGUAUAAAACCCUGGGAUGGAUUUUUACUUUCUGGACCUGGGUUACCCACCUCUUGUGAAUGUAGUGUGUGUGUGUGUGUGUGUGUGUGUGUGUGUGUGUGUGUGUGUGUGUGUGUGUGUGUGUGUGUGUGUGUAAUAGACAGCUGAAGCCCGGCUGAGUCUCAGUGUGUUCCCGCAGUUCUCGGUUUAGUGUCUCGGGUCCCGGUUCGGUUCGGUUGGGGUGUGUGGGGUAAUAAUGGCUGUGGUGUUGGGUUGUGUGGUUGUACUGGUGCUGCUGGGGCUCCGCGGCUCCUCUCCCUCACCGUUCCCGGGCUCCGGACCGGAGGAGACCUGCGAGGCGAACGGCUCGGUGUACUAUGUGGGUGAAUGGUACUUCGCGGACUCCGAACACUGUAUCCAGUGCGAGUGCACGGCGCGCGGCCCCGCGUGCGCGCGUACUGAGUGCCCGGCUCUGCCCGCCGCCUGCAUCCACGUGAGCCACUACCCCAGCGACUGCUGCCCGCGCUGCGAGCGGAUCGGCUGCGAGUACCGGGGAGAAGUUUACGACCUGGACCAGAACUUUCAGCCUUCAGAAUGUGAGCAGUGUACCUGUGACAGUGAUGGCAUUGCCAGGUGUCUGGUAGCAGACUGCGCUCCUCCACCCUGUGUUAACCCCGUCUAUCAGCCAGGGAAGUGCUGCCCAGACUGCACAGACGGUCCUAACUGUUAUGCGGAUGCCUCUCGGACGCGGGUGAUUCCUGGGGGAGAGCCGGUGUGGGUGGAUUCCUGCACUAAGUGCCGAUGUCACGACGGGCAGGACGCAGGAUACUGGGAGGGCAACCGCCUCGCCACCUGCACCCGCCUCCGCAACUGCACACCCACCGACGGGCACAACUGACCCGCACGCGUCCUAUCAGCACAUAGCACCAGACCAGCACUCCUAAUGAAACGCAGCACAGAGAUUAGCACAGGAUAAUGCUGACUCGGCCUGACUCGAGUUAAGAGAUAGGCCUAAAAAAUAGUAAUUAACCAUUAAUUUCAUCCUCUUUAACCCACCUGUACUCAAUCAGCCAAGACAUGUUUGGUGUCUGAUGUAUGUUUAUUUAGUUUGGCAGUGGAGCUACGAGGCUAAUGUAACUAAUUGUAACUCCUUCUACCCCGCCCCUAAACCCAUACAUCACCCCGUGCCCCUCCCAAACCUCUCCUUCCAUUCUUUUUAGCAUUUAUUUUUUAAUUUGAGCUGAUCUGUAAAAUACUGUAUCUGGGCAGGGGCUUUAAGUGGUAAGAUGUUUUGGCAUCAGCUCCCGGAGUCUGAGACGCCCAGCAAACAUUUGGCAUGCUAAAUAUCUGACCCAGUCAGCAACUGAGAGUCAAGCGUUCCAGCAACCUACAGCCAAUGGGAUCACGAAGAAACAGAGAACCACAGGUCAUAUGACUGUUACACUCGCAAGUGACUUUUAAAUAUUAAAAAUAAAUAAUGAAUUGUU